CAGCUUCAUCUUUCUCCUUCGACCCAAAUAAACCCUAAUCACUCCCCAAUCUCCAUCGCCCAAGCUAUCGCAGCUAUCUCCCCAAGCCCCAAUCUCCAUUGCUGAAGCUAUCGCAGCUAUCUCCCCAAGCUAUCGCAGCAUCUUCUCUUUGGUUUUGGAUUUUCUCUCCAGGUUUAGUGGCGCCACUAAUAAAGCCCCUAUAAAACGCAGCAGCGAGCAGCGAAGGAAGGGGGAGAACACGACCAGGGCAGCAGCAAAGAAAAACAGAGCAGGGUAAUUUAAUAGCAUCUGAAAGCAUGGAAGUUGAAGGUGGAAAAAAAAAUCAUGGAAAAAAAAGGAAACAAGCUGAGUUUGCUGUGGAAGAGCACACUGCUGAACCUUGCACACCUGCAGCUCCAUCGACUUCCAUAGUUCUUAGGAAAAGUCCACGUCUUUUAUGUUUAGAACAGUCACCCACUGCCCUUGUCCCCAAUGCAAUCUUUAAUAGGCCAAAACAAGAUGUUGCGACUAUUUUAGAAAGUAUAGUUGAUGACAAAGAUUAUAAGACUCGGUUGUCUUCCGAAUGAGAGUAGUGCCUAGAACUUUUCCAACUAUGCUAGGUUGGACUUCGCAGAAGCUUAAGGAAAGAGAAGGAUUGGAGCGGGAAUCAGGUGGUUUUGGCCGUGGUAGCGUGGACCCACAAAUCAAUAAAGAGUUGUUUUCAAAUGAAAACCCGUCUCUUGAAGAUCCUCCUGAGAAAACAUCACAAUCACAGAACGACGUUUUAGAGGAGGCACGGACUGCUGCAAAAGAGUUGGUGCAAAAAAUAUCAAAGUGGGACACCAUCUGUAGAGGCUUGAAUAGUGAGUUCCCAAAUUCAAAUGCCGUCAAGAGAAUGCAACAAACUGCUGCAGAAGUGAUUGUUGCGGUUGGUAAAAGUCCAAGAAUAUCAGGUACUCCGAUUUCGGAAACAAAUCCAAAACUGCAAUUCGAAGUAGUCCAUGAGAGCCCUUCUUUCUUGGCUGAAAUAUCUCGACUUGAAAUGGAAUUUUUUACGGUGAAGCGCAACCUUGAGACCAACAGCCAAGACUUGUCCAUGCCAUCAUUUAGCUUAGGGCUUACACCAGAGGAAAAGGAAAAUCAAAAUGAGGAGAUUCAACAUGAAGAGGUUCAGCAUGAGGAGAUUCAAACAAAGAAUGGAGAUGGCACAUCCCAAACAUGCAAUCUCACUACAUUGGCAGAUGAUGUACAGAGUCACCCCCAAAUUGAGCCUAUCCCAGCUUUUCCAGAGAGUGCAGUUCAAGGGCAACAAGAAGAAACUGUUCUUUUUCAGCCAACCCCACCAUAUACUCACUUUACAAGGCAAGAAAUUGCAUCCUGUCUUAGCCCUGUUCGAAGUCCU